AUGAACUGUUUCCAGAUAUUCGGAAGAGAGAAGCGCAGAGGUGCCAACUCAGCUCCGGAAUUGGGCGGCGGCGGAGGCGGAAGAAUGGGGAGCGAGGACAGCGGGGGGAAUCGCGCGGCGAAGUCCGCCGGAAGCAGUUUGUCUUCCCCUCGCCGGACGAUACCCGAGAUGUACAGAGAGAGGCAGCACAGCCUGCGGGUCUUCUCUCUGUCGGAGCUCCGUGAGGCGACCAACAAUUUCAACAGGCUGCUCAAGAUCGGCGAGGGUGGGUUCGGGUCGGUUUACAAGGGAUCCAUCAAACCCGCCCCGCCAGAUCGGCCCAACAUUGUCGCCAUUAAGAAGCUGAAUGUCCAUGGCUUGCAGGGUCACAAGCAAUGGAUUGCAGAAGUCCAAUUCCUUGGAGUGCUGGAUCACCCCAAUCUUGUGAAGCUUUUAGGAUACUGUUCUUUGGAUGGAGAAAGGGGAAUACAACGGCUCUUGGUUUAUGAAUACAUGCCUAAUAAAAGCCUGGAGGACCAUCUUUUCAACAGGGCCAUGCCAACAAUUCCUUGGGUGACCCGAAUAAACAUUAUCCUUGGGGCAGCUCAAGGAAUGGCGUAUUUGCACGAGGGAUCGGAAGUUCAGGUGAUUUAUCGAGAUUUCAAAUCCUCCAACGUGCUACUUGACACGGAUUUCAAUCCCAAACUUUCCGACUUUGGGCUGGCAAGGGAAGGUCCAACAGGGGACCGCACUCACGUGUCUACUGCUCCUGUCGGGACACGUGGAUAUGCAGCCCCAGAAUACGUCGAAACCGGCCGAUUGACAGUGAAAAGUGACAUAUAUAGCUUUGGUGUUGUCCUAUACGAAAUACUGACAGGAAGGCGGACAUUAGAAAGGCACCUCCCCUCGUCUGAGGUAAAGCUACUGGAAUGGGUGAAGCAGUUCCCAGCCAAUAGCAAGAGGUUUAGCAUGAUCAUUGAUCCACGCCUCCAAAAUCAAUAUUCCCAGAGUGCUGCUCGGAGGAUUGCAAAAUUGGCUGACAUUUGCUUGAACAAAAACCCAAAAGAUCGGCCCACAAUGACUCAAGUGGUCGAGAUCUUGAAGCAAGCUAUGGAAGACUCGCAAGGAUGUUCUCGUUCUUCGUCAUUGACAACAAACGACUCAAAUGAAAGACUAGCAGCUUCCUCACGGACAACACAGAUGGCUCAGGCUCAUUGA